AUGCCGCUGAUAGUCGAGAAGCAAAGUAAGACGGAUACAUCGCUGUCCUUGUCUCCAUCAACAACGUCACCUACUACAGUGGUGAAUGUGAACAUAAUAAACGACUCCAAGAUCAAUCAAUUUGACGUCGUGGAAUUGUCUAGAAAUACUUAUACAAGAUUGUUUCCCGAGAUACCAGAGAAGGAAUUUAGUUAUCCGGUUCAUUAUCCAAGCGAAUCUUACUUAUUAGUUAAAUUCAUCGGAGUGCCUGACUAUUUUAAGACGUUUCGAAUAGUGAAAUUCCAAAGUGUUACUGCACGAACAUCUGAAACUAUAACUUUCAUUAACGACUCGAAUUUGGUCACUUUUGAUAAAGAUGAAUUGACAUUCAGCAAGUCAAUAAUCAAGCGCGUCGACCCCAUAAACAUUCCGAUUCUUUCACAAGUUUUUAUCUCCGUACCGGAUAAUAUCUACCAUCUACUUCAUGGCAAAUCGCAAAAUGCGAUAAAGGAACUUUUUCUUACUCAGUUCUUAUCUACUUCAGGAAAUGUAGUGAAUGAAGGUGAUAAUGUCCGACAAAUCAAUGGACGUGCGAGUUUAUGUGAGCCUGUAUCUCAAGGCCGUUUGGAUUUUGAUACUAAUAUUAUUUUGAUAAGACAGGACAAGGAGACUACGUCAACAGCCAACACAUACUUUUUGGAUAGUUUAGAAGAGUCGGAUGAAAUUGACAAAAUUGACGAGAUUGACGAGAUUGAAGAAUUUGACGCGAUGGAAGAAGCAGAAGUCGACGAAGAUGUUGAUUUAUCCACAUAUUUGUCAAGAAGCAUGGCGUUCGACAAUGCAACCACGACGCCAAAGUCAACAACAUUAUUUUCAAUUAAACCAUUGCCAGAAAAGAUCAAGAUGGAGGACCUACCACAAAAAUGGCAAAAAGACGAUAGUGAACUAUUUGCUUAUAUAAAUAGUUCUGACUUUACAAAACUCAAGUUUCCAGUAUUUAAUGGUGACUUGGUGAAACUAAAAACGGAAAACUCUGGGUCUAAAAGCACGGUGAUUAUACGUUUAUUUGGUUUACUUGAACCUCAGACUUCAUUUGAAAAAGGAUGUGUUUACGUGUCCCCAUUGUUAUUACUCAACUUGACAUCGGUAAAUAACAAAGUUGAGUUUGAACCUAUUAAUGAACAAUCGUUUUCAGACUUGGUGCCCAUAGCCGAAUCGGCAACAAUAAGUAGGGUCAGUUCCGAAAUCACCAUGGACAAGACUUAUCAACAAAGCUUUUUUUCAAGUCUCAAAUCAUUACUUAGUAGCCAACGCAAAUGUUUCCGGGAAGGCGAUGUUUUUCCUGUUUACGUGGACACAGUUCUUGCCAAAGCAAUAUUUGAUAGUACAACAAUAGCAACAUCAGCAACAUCAGCAACAGCAACAGAAGGAGGAGGUGGUGACAAAGAAAGUAAUGAAAAUUCCAGUAAUGAUGUGAUUCCUAUGGGUAAUCCCAAUGCAGUGGCUUGGUUUAAAGUUACUGAGAUUAAAGGACCAAACCAAAUUGAGACGCUUCAAUACCUGAUAGACCCAGCAAAAACAUUACUUGUUUCAUCGGGACUUGAAAGUAUUACUCUUCCCCGAAAUGAGGAGAUCAACUGGAACAGGUAUUUGGAAUUGCCCAGUAUCUUUAAUUAUAAUCUUACGGAUGAUUUCAAGUAUGCAAAAGAAUUUAGAAAGAUUCUCUUGACUUGCAUAUCGUCCAGACUUAAUCUCAAGACAUCGAUUUUGUUGAAUUCAAUGAGUCGAGGAAUAGGUAAAACAACUUUGGUGAGGAGUACUUGUUUAGAUUUGGGAUUGAAUUUAGUAGAACUUGACUGUUUUGAUUUUUUGAAUCCUGGUCAAGAGUUGAAAACUAUUGGACAAAUUAGUGGGAAGAUCGAAAAUCUAAUUGGCCCAGAUUCAACUAAAAAUUCUCAAGCAUUUUAUGUCAUUUAUUUGAAGCAUAUUGAAAAUUUGUGUCCAAAGAUUGAUGAGAAUGACCAAAAUUCUAGCAUUCACAGUUCAUUGACAUUGAAGGUAGUUCAGAUGUUGAGCGAAUUUUUAAAUACUCAUAAAAAUGCAGUAAUAGUAAUGAGCUGUAAUGAUUAUGAUAAAUUAGAUGAGAAUCUUAAAUCAUUAAUCAAGUUCACAAUUGACUUUACUGUACCUACGGAGACUGAGAGAUUGGAGAUUUUCAGGCAUUUGAUUGAUAAAGAAAAGCUGAAGCAACCAUUGACUGAACUAUCGUCUUACCCUUUUGUGCUUCGCAAAGAUGUUAGUUACAGCACAUUAGCCUUGCAGUCUGCAGGUUUAACUCCGCGCGAUUUGAUUUCGAUCAUCAAAAAGUCAAAGAAGUUGGCUAUUAAAAGAUUGAAUAAACUUGCCAAAGAAUUAGGAAUUAACGUGAAAACUUUGGUGGAAAUAGGGUAUGGUGGAACUAUCAAAUGGAUUCCCGAAGAUUUUGAGGCCGCAAUAAAUGAUGCAAGAAGUCAGUUCAGCGAUUCUAUUGGAGCUCCACGUAUUCCGAAUGUCAAAUGGGAGGAUAUAGGAGGGUUAGACUUGGUGAAAGAUGAGAUUUUAGAUACCAUAGAUAUGCCAUUAAAGCAUCCUGACCUAUUCAAUAACGGAUUGAAAAAGAGAAGUGGUAUUUUAUUCUAUGGACCUCCUGGUACUGGUAAGACGCUUUUGGCAAAAGCAAUUGCAACAAAUUUCUCAUUGAAUUUUUUUUCCGUAAAAGGGCCAGAAUUGUUAAACAUGUACAUUGGUGAGUCAGAAGCUAAUGUUAGACGUGUAUUUCAAAGGGCUAGAGAUGCAAAGCCGUGCGUGAUUUUUUUUGAUGAGUUGGACUCUGUUGCGCCAAAGAGAGGUAAUCAAGGGGACUCUGGAGGUGUUAUGGACAGAAUUGUUUCCCAACUAUUAGCCGAACUUGAUGGAAUGAGCAGUGCUGGUGGUGACGGGGUGUUUGUUGUUGGUGCUACAAACAGACCAGAUUUGCUCGAUGAAGCAUUACUUCGUCCUGGUCGUUUUGACAAAAUGCUUUAUCUCGGUAUAUCUGACACAAACGAAAAGCAGACUAAAAUCAUGGAAGCAUUAACGAGGAAGUUUCAACUUGAUGACGAUGUUGAUUUAGAGAAGAUUGCCGAGAAAUGUUCAUUUACAUACACCGGUGCAGAUUUUUAUGCGCUUUGUUCAGAUUCCAUGUUAAAUGCAAUGACUAGAGUUGCAAAUGAAGUAGAUGCAAAGAUAAAGGCAUAUAACGAGGAAGAAGUGGCAAAAGGGAAUGGCGAAGUCAACUCUCGAUGGUGGUUCGAUAAUGUUGCCACGAAAGAGGACAUUAGAGUAGCCGUGAAGAUGGAAGAUUUCAUAAAGGCUCAGAAUGAAUUGACACCUUCUGUUUCAGCAGAAGAGUUGCAACACUACCUUAAGGUUAGAGAGAAUUUCGAAGGAGGCAAAGAGAAUGCAAAAAAAGAACAAGAUUUGCAACCAUUACAUGAAGAGCAACCACCUCAAAGAUUUUUGGAUCAACAAACUCUCGAAAGCAUAUUGUCAGGAGAAACACCUAAUGUGAAUGGAUUUAUUUCACAAAAUAGUACUAAAGCUGAAUUGCCAGUCGCAAAUGGAGAUAUCAAUGGAGAACAUUUGGAAAAUGAUACGAAAAACAUUUCAGAAAACAACAACGGAAAUCUUAACAGAUUUGUUAAUGGCCACGUCAAUGACCAUACAAGUUAA